UGACGCCAGCGCGUCGCCGGGGCAGCGGGCGGAGGGCAGGUAGACAAGAUGGCGUCUCCCGGUUGGGGGGCUGGAGGUGGUAACGCAGGGCAGGUUUCGUAGGGGCAGGUGGCGAGCAGUGACGCGGGAACAGCCGGAGUCAUUAUACGGGGGCCGCCAGGCGCCGCGCAGGUUCUAAAUGGCUUCUAAGAAGUUGGGAUCCGACUCUCAUGGGCCUUUCAGUUACCUUGAUGAUGUCCCAUUUAAGAUAGGAGACAAAUUCAAAACCCCAGCGAAGGUUGGAUUACCCAUUGGUUUCUGCCUUCCUGAUUCUUCUCACCUUGUCCAAGAAGCCCAGUAUGACUUCUCACUGGAAAAGAAAACAAUUGAAUGGGCUGAAGAUAUCAAAAAAAUUCAAGCUGCCCAGAGAGAAGCUGAACGCAAGGCAGAAGAAGCACUAGCAAACUCAAAGACAGCUCCAGAAGACGGCAACAAAGUGGGAUUCUCAGAGGGACCUUGCCCUGAGGCUAUGCCUCCUCCUAUUAACCCCAUCCUUGCUAGCUUGCAACACAAUAGUAUUCUUACUCCCACACCUGCGAACAGCAGCUCUGUGAAGCAGAAGGUUCUCAGUCCACCUCGUCCAAAAGCAGACUUCAACCCAGCUGAUUUUGAAUGUGAAGAAGAUCCAUUUGACAAACUGGAAUUAAAAACUAUUGAUGAUAAGGAGGAAUUAAAAAAUAUUCUUGAAAUCCAUGUUGGUACUACUGGGCCAAUUGUUGCCCAGCUUUUAGAUAAUACUUUGCCCAAAGGAGGGUCUGAGUCUGUGUUGCAAGAGGAGGAAGUUCUGGCAUCCAUAGAAAGGGCCACAUUGGACUUCAAGCCCCUUCACAAACCCAAUGGCUUUGUCACUAUACCACAGCUGGGAAACUGUGAAAAGAUGUCCUUGUCUUCCAAAGUGUCCCUGUCCCCUAUCACUUCAGUGAGCAAUAUCAAGUCCCUAUCUUUUCCUAAACUUGACUACGAUGAGUGUGAUCAGAAGUCAUCGAAGCUCACAAACACUUUCCACAGCACUACCUGUCUCCGCAAUGGCACUUUGCUCAGCUCCCUGGAGACCUGUGCUCAGAGUAAGGCUAGUGAACUGAAUGGACACCAUACAAUUGGUUUUUCUGCUCUAAAUGAGGACAGUGGCAUGGAGACAUCAACAUCAUCCUCUUCAUCCAGACUGCCUUCCCUGGCUGUGUCGACAGUUUGUGCAGAGGAAUCAUCUCAAAGCACAGCAACUAUGGUACACCCAGACUACAAGGAAACAGAAAUCCCUGUGGUAACACACCAAAAUUUCCCAGUGUCUAAAGUGCCCAAUAACACAAGCUGCACAAAGCAGUUGAGUGUCCCUGCUCCUGAGCUACUGCAGACACUCUCUGCUAGUGAGAGGCAGUGCAUAGAGACGGUCGUCAACAUGGGAUACGCACCUGAAAAUGUCCUGAAAGCCAUGAAGAAGAAAGGACAGAACAUAGACCAGGUUUUGGAUUACUUGUUUGCACAUGGACAGCUUUGUGAGAAGGGCUUUGAUCCACUUCUUGUCGAAGCAGCUUUGGAAAUGCACCAGUGUUCAGAGGACAAGAUCACAGAACUUCUCCAGCUAAUGAGUCAAUUUAAAGAAAUGGGGUUUGAACUAAAAGACAUUAAGGAGGUCUUAUUAUUACAUAACAACGACCAACACAACGCUUUGGAAGAUCUAAUGGCUCGUGCAGGAGCCAGCUGAAAACACAUUCCUGGAUUCUUGGCGUGCAAUGGAGCAGGACCAGCCCCACCACCUUCACAUGCAGUGUGACUUGCUCUGGGCAGGAAGGAGUCCAGCUUCUUGCAUACAUGGGAGAGUGACUGAGCAAGCCUGUCCGCGUGCAUCACUCCAGCAUUUCUCUUUCCACUGGGAGCCAACUUUCUUUCUUAAAUUUUAAAAGUGUCCUUUCCUAAGUUUCCUUAUUCCAGCUUGGCCACGGAGAGUUUAGACUGCCCAAUCUCUACUGUAAAUGUACAUAUGUAGAGACAGGAGUGGUUUCCUCCCCAUCAUUGUUGCACUGGAGUUGGACAGAAGAAUAUUAAGUUGGUUCUGAAACUAGGAUACUUUGGUUCUUUGAAGCUGCUUUUAUGGUGUCUGCUUGUACUGAAUUACUUGACUGUGUCACAGUCCAGAUUAACUGGUUAAAUUUGACCUUUAGUGCAAUGGAGUUUUGGUUGAAAGUUAGUCUGUAACUUAGUGAAACACUGGUUCAGGAACUGUUGCUAUGCAUAAAGAAAGAAGCUGUUCCUAUUGUAUUUUCUCCUUUUUACUACUUUUUUUAACCCAUGCAUCCAUCAUGCCAGACAUGAGCGUCCAGUGCUGAGUGGUGUGUAAGUUCUCUUGAAAUAGGUAAGCUGUGAAUUCUGCCUGGACCUGCAGCUUGUGUUGGUUCCUGAACCCUAAGGCAGAGAGAUGGGGCUUGGUAUCCUUAAUCCUCCAGGCUUGUAGGAUAUAUAAGACAACGCCCUUCUAGGACAUCAGUUAGCUUUUUGGUUUAAGUAAUACUCAGUGUUAUGCAGGAGGUUUCUUUCAAGCACUUUCUUUAAAACAAGUAAACUCACUGCAUUAGUUCCAUUUUUCACAGUGCUGUAGAAUUACAUAAUAACAUCUAGUACUAGAAACCAGGUUUUGGGUUGGUUUUCAUAGUUCAAAGUAUUAUGUUGUACAUUGUUCAAGUUCUGAAUACAUAAAAUAUCAUCAGUCUUAAGGCAUCUUUGAAGUAAUCUGCUAAAUACUUUGAUUCUGCAGAAGAACAACUAAUAAAACCCUCAAAUGCAACUCCCAGUGUCAUGGUUCCCAUCUCUUGCUCUUCAGCAGGUGAAGCACUUGCUGGAUCCUGCCCACCCACGUGCUGCCUGCUCCAGUGGGCAUGCAUGAACACAGUGUGACUUGGGCAGAACAGCUGGAGGUCUCCAGGCAGAGGCCUGCAGUGGUGGAACCUGAUGUUUUUUUCUGUGGCUUCUUUUGUCAUGUUGCAAAAACCAAGCCUUGGGAUCCAAACCUAUAUUAGAGCAUAGAACUGGGAGCACUGGACGCUGAGAGGGGAGAACAGUUCAGGUCAUUGCCUCAAUUCUGUUUUGUUGGGGUUUUUUGUAGGAGGAUUUAGCUCCUCAAGAACCCAGAGGAGAUGGCUUCUGCCUCUAUUACGUGAUUAACUUUGUACAACCAAAACAUGUUAUCUGCAUUGUGCUAACUAUUGGGGAUUCUUUAUGAGGUUCUUGACUGUGCUAAUUACAGACUUUUAUGUAAAACAAAAUUAUCUGAGAUGUAGCUAGUAAAUAUUUAGGCCAUGUGGAGCUGGGUCAUAAGUAUAACAAAGGCUAAUUGCCUUGCAUUGAGUCCUGUAGCACUGAGCUGGUGGGUCAGCAGCUGCUGCUUCUGAGUGCAGGUAAAGCAGGUGCCCAGCAUUUCUUCCCAUGUGAGAGAUGUGACAGUUUGAAACAAGGAAACAAGGUUCCUGAAUCAUCAGAGACGCUGGAAAGCAAAACUGAGACUGCUUUACUGCCACUGCUGAGAACACUCUCUUCUGUUUCUUGAUUUGGUUUUCUCAGAAUUCAUACUACAGCAAGUCCCUCUCUGGUACUAGACAGUCUAGAAGGGCAAGAGGUCUUGCCAGUGAAGAAAAAGCUAGAUCAAAUUUCUUAAUAAAAUAAUGUCUUUGGUAGUGUUAAUGCAUGUAAAGUUUUGUCACAGUCCCCAUGCAGGGGCUGUCUCUUAACCCCACUACAGUAACCACCCUGCUUUUGUAGACUGUUGUAGAGGUGAGAGCAGAGCUGUGAAGAUGGGAAGUGAUACCUGUGAAGCUGAUCUCCUGCUUCCAGAGAGAUGUUGUCUGUGUCUUCUUCUCAGGUGAUGCUGCCCUUGCAUCACGAGGAUUUAUGUCACCAGGUGAUGAAGGCUGGAAGCCUGUUUCUGGGGAUGGCUUCUCGCAGAAGGAAAGAGUGAGUGACAGGAUUAACCUGGUGGCUUAGGGAAAGGCACUUCUGAAGACAUGUAACAAAUGAUACACAGUAGUUAAACUUGAAUGUUGUUCUGAGCACUAUGCAUUGCUAUAUACUCUGGUACUGUCACUCUGUCCUGUGCAGUUAGGAACAAAGCUCAGACAGGGUAUGGGAAGGUCCUGCUGAUGAGUGAUGCAAGGCUGGGCCCAGCCUGGUACUAACUGGUCUGAAGAUGAAUGUGUCCCUUAGGGCUUUUCCUUACAUUCUCUAGCAGAUUGAUUUAUGUACCAGGCGCAUAGCACUGUCUUCACUUUGUCAGAACUUGUGCUGCCGCCUUGCACUAGCUGCUGCCAGGUAGCAGAGGGCUGGGAGCCCUUGUGGAAAAGCUUGUGAGAAAUGUAGAGGCAGAGUCCAAAUGGGUCGUUAUGCUUUGAGACAGAAAAUGCCCUGAGCUACCUCAUGAAGGUUCUAGAGAGCAGCUGCCUGGUGAAGGCUUCUGAUGUUGACCAGUAGAGGCCUCCCAUUUUGCCUGCACAUAGAUGGAGACCUGGUGGGAUGAGAGGCGCUGCUGUGAUCACUGCCUUGUUCUGAGGGUGACUUCUGGGGAUUCUAAAGUUUGUCAGGAAGCAGAAGCUGCAGAUGACCUCAGCAUGCACUGAGGCUUGCUGCUGCUGUCCUGGUGGCACCUGCCAUGUCUGAGCUCUGAUGAAGUAGCCCCAGACAGGUUGCCAGCUCUAUAGAGCUUGCACCUGCAGCUUUUCUGUUCAGCAUGUGGCUGGGCAGCUCUCUGUUAGGGAGACUGGAGCCAGCAGAACAGCAAAACCUGUUACAAAGUUCAUUCUGCUAGUGCCACCACAGGUUAUUGAGGUCUGGUAGCUGGAGGGACAGCUCCUGAGACACCAGCUAAGUCAAUGGGCCAGAUGAGAAGGGGAUCUUCCCAGCUCCAGGUAAAUAGCAAUCAAAUAAGUGGUUUGAUCACAGUUACUUUAAAACAAAUUUUACCAGAAUUGUGUUGUAAAUUGAGUUUUAUUUCAUAUAAUGUCAGUUAUUCAAAUAAAAUAUCAAGCAUCUGUCAUGA